GGGGUGGAGCCAGGCUAAGCUCGGGGUGGAGACGGGUUAGGAAAAAGUCGGGUUAAAGGUGAGUUGGGAACGGAAUGGAGUUGGGUAGGGUUCGGGAUGAAGGCUGGUUGGGAUGUAAUCGGAUAGGGGUAAAGUCAGAGUGGGGUCGGGAUGGAGGGAAGUUGGGGCCGGGAUGGAGUCGGGAUGGAGUCGGACUGGGAUGUAAUCGGCUAGAAUGUGGAGGCGAGUUGGGGUCUGGCGAUGAGUUAAUGAGCCGGUUUGGGAUCGGGAUGGGCUGGGUUAGGAUAGGGAUGAAGUCGGGUUGGAGACAGGUUAGGAUCGGGAUGGAGUCAGGUUGGGAUCGAAAUGGAGACGGGUUGGGAUCAGGAUGGAAACGGGUCGAGAUCGGGACGGAGACGAGUUGGGAUCGGGAUGGAGACGGGUUGGGAACUGACGGAGUUGGGUUGGGGGGUCGGGAUGAAAUCGGGUUGGGGUCGGAAUGGAGUCGGGUUGGGAGUGGGGUGGAGUCGGGUUGGGCUAGGGAUGAAGUCGGGUUGGAGAUUGAUUGGGAUCGGGGUGGCGUCGGGUUGGAGUCAGGUUCGGACGGAUUGGGGAAGGAAUGGAGUCGGGUUGGGAUCGGGAUGGAGUCGGGUUGGAGUAGGGGUGGAGAUGAGGAUGGAGAUGGGUUGGGGAUGGGAUGGGACCGGGCUGGAGUCGGGUUGGAACCGGUUGUGAUCGGGAUGGAGUCGUGGACGGGACGGGGGAUGGGUUGGGGUAUAGUCGGAGAGGGAUGGAGUCGGAUUGGGGUCGGGAUGAAGGCGGAUUGGGAUGGCGCCGGGUUGGAAGAGAGGUGGGAUGGGGGAAGUUGGGUUGGGGUCGGGCUGGAUUCGGAUGGGAACGGGAUGGAGUCGGGUUAGGAUCCGGGAGAGGUCGGGUUGGGGUCGGGACGGGACCUGACUGGGAUCGAAGUGGGGUCGGGUAGGGGUUGGGAUGGGGUCGGAUUGUAUUCGGGAU